AUGGACAAUUCAAAGAAGGAGCAUUCAUAUACAUAUUGGGUUAAACAUGAUCCAAAUCAUCCAAAAAUUGAUUGUUAACCCAAAAAAGUAGAGGAUCCUUCCUAAGUGCAACAACCUUAAACAAUUGGAUCACAAUGGAAUGUCUCAGGAACUUGGGAGGAAUAGAAAGUACCCAUGAAUGAGAUUAAGAAAUCGUUGGAGAAUAUUGUUGGAAUGAAAAUCGGAUAAACUAAGAUUUCAGCCGUAGAAUCAGUCGAAGGGGAAGCUCAUUUAUUUUUAAGCAGGGGGAAGAAGAGAAUGGGUUAUCAUUUGAAAAUCACAUAUGCUCUUGAAGACGAUGGCCAAAUCAAAUACACAGACUUUACAGAUGAUGGAGAUAGAGAUUAUGUAUUAGAAGAUGUCAAUGAUGAAACAGUCAAACAUUAAAUUGAAGAAUUGCAUGAUAGAACAAAACAAUAUGUAGAAGUGUUUAAAAAUUGAUAUUGGUCUAUAUUUAUUUUUAAAGUUAUUU